CUAUUGUGUUCUACUUAUCUAAUUUCAUAAAUGAAUUAAACUAAAGCAACAGUAAAUUUUAUUAAUUACAGCAAAUACUUUCAUACCAUUCUGAGUUUGUUUACCACUGUAAGAGUUGAAGAGGGUAUAUAUUACUAAUAAAUCCUAAUUCCAAAUAUUUUCAGCGAAGCGGUGGUCGAACCUGGUUCUGCUCCUCUCUCCUUUCUCUCCUUUCCUUCUCCCGAACCAGGUGACAUCUUCCACCUCUGAGGAUAGAAUGCUCACGUGGAAUCAAACACGAACCGCUUAGCUGCCUCCACAAAACAAGGAAACUAUAAAUAAAUUCAUUAAUAAACAGACAGGAAAUAAAAAAAAUAUUCACUAAGAUGGAUUUAUUAAGCUGAUAGUUAUUUUGCUACUCCAGAACAGAGUUUCAGGAAAUAGUUUACUUGUUUUUUGAGGUUCACUACCCCUCCCUUACUGUUCAUAACAACAAUCAUGUACGAAUAUAUGAUUGUUACUAUGAAAAAACUAGUUUGAUCUAUAGUAAUCCACUCUAACUUUUAUUUUUUCCCCCUCUUUCAGAAAAGUGAUUUACAAUUUUCAAUAUUUAAAAGUAUAUUUUUGAUGAAAGUAAAUAAUAAUUUAAUUCCGUCUAAGUACAAAGUAUACAUAAAGUGUUAACAAGUUUUAGUGAUAAUUUUAAAAGUAAACUAACAAAAAUAAACAAUAUGUGUUAAGACGCAAGUGAUAAAAUGACAUUAAAAAGAACCAACUGUGGCGCGAAACUUUUUUGUGCGAAAAGUGUUAAAAUUAAAACGAUAUGGGAUGAGUUAUAGUGAGAGAUGUUAUGUUCAACCCACUGUUCCAGCCGAAGAUGAUGCACGAAAUUCACGACAAUGCUGGGGCAGGUGCAAACGACGCGAUGGAGGAAAACGAGGGCGGAGGGAGUGGGGGUGCCGAGGUCGAUAUGGACGAUAUCGGCUCCCUCACUUUACCUCCCGAUUUGCCCCCCUACUCCGGUGACUACAUCAUAAGUGACUAUAUGGAACGUCUUGGCACACGUCUCAACAUCCUGGAAACUGAAUUAAAAUAUGCGUGGCGAGCGCUUGAUCUUCUAAGCCAAGAAUAUGUAAGAAUGUGGGAUCGAUUGGAAAGACUGGAGUCAUUGCUUGCAGAUCAACAGGGUGUAAUAUCUACUCUACUUGAUUUUUAUGCAUGUCGCACAGUUACAUCUAGAGAUCCUAUGUCAAGGCUAGAAGUAAUAAGAGAAAUAUUGGGUAAUGGCACUGUGGAAGACGGAAUAGAAGAAGGAUUAGAUAUAGGGAGAAGUGGAGUUUUAUUAGAUAACCAAGAAGAGGUCAUGGAGUCAAAUGAGGCAUUCUAUAGAAGUUUAAAUCAGGCUUAUAGAGACGAUUUGGUAUGUGAUGAAACUUCUAGACCUUCUUCACAAUUGGACAUGAUUUGGGAAGCACCAGAAGAAACGGAAGUAGAAAUUAUACCGACAACAUCGAGACAAAUUUACAGUGCCAGUGAUUAUAAAAAUUACUGUGGAUUACAAGGUGGUCCAGGUAUAAGUGAAAGAGACAUAGUUCAUCUAUCCAAUUUAAGUACAAUAGAUCAAAUUACAGUAGAUAAAUUACAUGAAUUAGAUAGGUUGACAACUCAAUUACAUAAAGAUUCGAGAGAGUUAAAAGACUUGAAAACAAGGCUCCUUAGUCCUGACCCAAAAAUAACAGCAAAACGUGACAGAGAUAGAGAUAUAGAAGCAAAAACAUUGGUUGAAGACGGAAAUAUUAUAAAUGAGCAACUAAAAAAUGUAUACACAGGUGGUGAAAACUGGGGUAUAAAUGAUAUGAUGAAAAGUUUUGAAGAUUUUAUUUUAACAAUACCAAAAGAUAAUUCUGUUAGAGACAAGUCUCCGUCUAGAUUAUCGCAUACUGAACAUUCAGUCUCCGAAAGAACAUUAGAUUAUUUACAACCAUCUUUGUCACCUCGGCGUAAAUUUGUACAUGAAAGAACAACAACGGAACCUUACACUACAGUAACAGGUCGAUUAGCUUAUAGUUCAGCUGUAGCUAAUGCUGAAAUAGCAGCUAAAUCGUCUAAAUCACCCAGUGCUAUGUCAAUAGAAAGAUUUGAAUAUAGUUCCCCAUAUCAAGUAACAGAUAUUACAAAACAAAAUUAUUAUUCUACAAAAAGUACAACACAAACAUUGAGUGAAAUAUAUAAAAGUAGCACAGAGCAACAUUCACCGUUAUCUGUUCAUGAGAUAUAUGAUGUACCUUCAGACAACAUACUAGACAUAAGUUUUGAUGAAAACAGAUUGAGAAAAUCUCCUAGUCCUCCCCCCCCUGCCCCUCCGAAUGGCGCUCCACAUUUUUCAUCAAUUGAAGAUAAUAAUGAACUAUUAUCUGCUCAACAAUCUAUGCUAUCAACAGGUUCCAAUAUUCCAGCCGAUAAUUUACGUUUAAGUCCACGAUCACCGAAAUCUCCAAAAACAUCACCAAAACAUUUAAAAAGAGAUAGUACUAAUAUUGUAGCAGCAAAAUCGGAUUCAGGUCUUUCCUCAAUGAGUGGUUGGUCUAGUUUAGAAAAAAGUCCGGGUUCACCUAAAACAGGAAGAGUAAGUCAUUCAGUGCAUGAUGGGCAUAGAGUAAGAAUACCUUCUCCACAAUCAGUUCAAAGAUUAUCAUAUGAAACAGAAUCAAAGCCAUAUUUAGAAACAUUAGUUGAUUCAUAUCAGUUCGAAGAAAAAGAUGUGAAAAGAGAUUACAAUUUGAGGAAAAGUGACAGUUUUAAAGAUACGUCAAUGGAUAUAAAUAGGAUGCAAGAAACAAUGGAUUCUAGUUUUUUAAAAAGCGAUAUUCCUUAUUCAAUAUCUAGUCAAAGUUCUAUUAGUAAUAUUGAUUAUUAUUAUCAAAAUGAAGCACCUUCUAUUUACUCUGUGGCAGGCAAUAGGCAACCAAUUUUUACCACCGUUUAUAGUACGCCAAGGGGAAUGCUUUCUGAAGAUAGACGUUUUUCCGAGUUAUUAGAUAGAAAUGAAAUUAUGGAGCCGGUUCCUAAGCAAACAAUUGAUCCUUAUCCACCAGAACCUAGCUAUCACGCGCAAACUGUUGUGAUGUCAGCAGCAAAUGUAAUUAAAAAACCUCUGAUAAGAGCGAACACAUUAGGAUCAAAUGAUGUACACUUUCAUCAAAAUGGAUAUAAAUCAAAUAAUCACAGGUCUGGAUAUCCAACAGGAAAUUUAACUGAUGCACUUUCCUACUACCCAACGUCUAGUAGAUAUGAUUCACCAAAGCGGCCAUCUUUAGAAGAUCAAAUAUCCUGGCGAGGUAAUAGGUCACCCACUAGUUCAGUAGAGACAUCUAGCUUAAAAUCACACUCUCUUAAUAUAGCAGAGAGAAAGCAAUUUCAAAAUCAGUUACAGCAAGAAUAUUUUAAACAACAACAAUAUGAUCAAAGAAAUGGAGACGCACUGAAUGAUGUUCAAGGAUACGACAAAGAAAUGGAACAAACUUUACUUCGAAAAGAACAAUAUGUAGAUUCGACAGGUGUUUUGGUUUCAGAAUCGGGUUAUUUAUCAAUAUCUUCAAAUUUAAAAGGAAAAUCACUGGAUAAACAAACAAAAAAACCUAAAAGAACUUCAUCACUGAAAUCUGCAAUGUCAUCCAUGAGUCAUUGGCUUCCAGACUUACAUUUACCAAAAAAACAUAGAUCGCAUUCUUUACCGUCUGGUGUAGAUACAGUACCGGAUCAAACGCAACAAGAAAAAACAUUAAAAGAAAGACUAUUAUCUGCUCAGAGACGAAAAAAGAAGUAUCACUUGGUUGCAUCUAUGUCAGGACUGUUACAAAAAGCUAGAAGAAAACAGCAAGCAAGUCACCAAUCACUAUCAGAUCCUGAAACAUCUGAAACAGAAUGGUCUGGUGGACGAUCUAGUGCUCAAUCUGAGGAUAGUGAUAGCGUUUUUUCCGAUUCUACACAUGAGGGUAACGUUUUUGCUAAAGUACCUACAAAAACUAAACAAAGAAAAGUGAAUAAUCAAGAAAUAGUUGAACAACAGCAAAUGAUUCAAGACCUGCAACAUCAAGGUUUAGAAUUUCAAGAUGACGAUAGUGAAUGUAUUAUAGAAGAAAAUGAAAAAUUUCAAAGUAAUACUUUACCUAGAGAUAAAAGUGAUGAUAUAGACUUCCAUUUUGCUCGUGUUAGCCAAAUGAAAAGUGAUACUAUCACUGAAUUAGAAAAGCUCGAUAUUGAUACCGAUAUAUCUAAUAUAGAUCCUUUUGAAGAUGAUUUCAAGGAUGAAAAUCGUUCUCCUACAUCUUUGUUUGCUACUGUAGGAGAUGUCAAAAAAGCAUCAGCAUCAGGAGAUGAAGGAGUUAUUGAUAAUAAUAAAUCUUACAAUGGCAGUUCACAAGAAUUUGCAGUAUCUAGGGCAUUAGGUAAAUAUCGACUGCGAAAGUCAUCAUCUGUAUCUGACGAUCAAAUUUCUGAUACAUCUCCUCCUAAAAUUGAAUCAAAUAUUCCGGAAGAAUUUAAUGAAGAACAAACCCAGAAAAAUAAAAGACUAACUAAAACAAGUCCACCCAAAUCAAGUCCACCAGAAAUAAUAAGUAGUUCAGCCCCAGAAGAAUCGAUUGCCUUUUCGGAACGCAGUCCAUCAAUUCAAAGUGUGCGAGGUAUGCCGAAUAAAUUUCAGCCAAGACAUCAACAAAGCUUAGAAAUUCCGAGCAAACAUGAAGACGACGAUAGUAAAAGUACACAUUCUUGGAGGAGUGGGUCAAGAGUAUCAUCUAGACGUCAAAGUACAGAAGAUAGCAUUGAUUCGGAAGAUGAGUGGUACUGUUACGAGCUUAGAAAGUUAGAAGAAAUGGAACAUCAGUCACAGUUAGAGGCAGAGAGAGUUAAGACCUUAGCAGAAGAGCCUGAAUUUGAAGAAGAGGUUAUAGCUGAGUCUAAGGAAGUAUUAAAAGAAAAAAUGUCCUUUGUAUUACGGGAAUUAAAGCUUAAAACAGCGACAAUCAAGGUAAAAUAUGAUGAAACACCUUCAGAGGAUAAGUGGAAGGAGGUAACGACUUUUCCUACUAUUGAAGAUAAAUUUGACGAUAUGGGCGCAGAUGAAGAGUCUGAUGAUGGCAAAUCCUAUGCUGAUUCGGGCUCAGGCGAGACUUCAGGACCGGAUAGUCCAGUACAAAGUGGAGACGAGUUUGAAGAGGACUAUGAUGCUCCGCAAUCUCAACAAGUUCCUGCCGCAGCUGAACCGGCACCGCAACAAGAUGCUCCAGUUGGAAGUAAAUGGAAACUACUUAAAGCCCUGAAGGAUCGAAAAGCUGAGGAGAAAACGACAGAAACACCAGCUGAGACGACUCCAUCUACAGAAAAGGAUAAAGUUAGUGCUGGUAAUGGCACCGGUGGAUUCAACGACCAGGGCGGGCGAGGAAAUGGGCAUCCCGGAGAUAAUCCAUUUUAUAGCAAUAUUGACAGUAUGCCAGACAUACGGCCUAGAAGGAAAUCCAUACCACUGGUAUCCGAACUUGUUCUCAAGACGAUGGCAGCGACGAAGAGGAAUGCAGGUUUGACAUCAGCCGUACAUCGAGCAACCUUGAAUGAUGAGGAAUUGAAAAUGCACGUUUACAAGAAGACUUUACAAGCUUUGAUCUACCCGAUUUCCUCGACAACGCCUCACAACUUUGUGUUAUGGACAGCGACAUCUCCUACAUACUGUUACGAGUGCGAAGGCUUGCUUUGGGGUAUUGCAAGGCAAGGAGUUAGGUGCACAGAGUGUGGGGUUAAGUGCCACGAAAAAUGCAAAGAUUUGCUCAAUGCUGACUGUCUUCAGAUGUGUUUCGCAGGGGCGGCUGAGAAGUCUUCCAAACAUGGCGCAGAAGAUAAGGCCAACUCGAUAAUCACCGCUAUGAAGGAAAGGAUGAAGCAGCGCGAAAGAGAUAAGCCGGAAAUCUUUGAACUAAUCAGGCGGACUUUUAACGUCGACCCCGACACUCACAUAGACAGCCUCGAACAGGCCGAGCAAAUCACUAUAGAAGGGACUUCGAAAUGGUCCUGCAAAAUCGCCAUCACAGUUAUCUGCGCUCAAGGGCUGAUAGCCAAGGAUAAAAGUGGAACCUCAGAUCCGUACGUAACCGUCCAAGUCAGCAAAGUAAAGAAGAGAACAAGAACGAUGCCCCAAGAACUAAAUCCUGUUUGGAACGAGAAAUUUUACUUCGAAUGCCACAACUCCUCAGAUCGAAUAAAAGUAAGAGUUUGGGACGAAGACAAUGACUUGAAAUCCAAACUUCGGCAAAAGUUGACACGAGAAUCGGACGAUUUUUUGGGUCAAACAAUCAUUGAGGUUCGGACGCUAUCUGGAGAAAUGGACGUAUGGUACAACUUGGAGAAGAGAACAGACAAAUCCGCAGUAUCAGGAGCCAUCAGACUACACAUCAAUGUUGAGAUCAAAGGAGAAGAGAAAGUGGCACCAUAUCACGUUCAGUAUACCUGCCUCCACGAAAACCUAUUCCAUUACCUUUGCGAAGAAAAUGGUGGUGCAGUGACGCUUCCGGCAGCGCGAGGCGAUGAUGCUUGGAAGAUAUACUUCAAUGAAAACCCCGAAGAGAUCGUCGACGAGUUCGCUAUGAGAUACGGCAUCGAAGCUAUUUAUCAGGCUAUGACGCAUUUUCACUGCCUCUCUACAAAAUACCUCUGCGCGGGCGUGCCAGCUGUCAUGUCCACCCUGUUGGCUAACAUUAACGCCUACUAUGCUCACACCACUGCGUCUUCCGCCGUCUCCGCAUCAGACAGAUUUGCUGCUUCCAACUUUGGAAAAGAAAAGUUCGUCAAACUGCUCGACCAACUGCACAAUUCCCUCCGGAUCGAUCUCUCAAUGUACCGCAACAACUUCCCAGCAUCCAGCGCUGAGAAACUCAUGGACCUCAAAUCUACUGUCGACCUGCUCACUAGCAUUACAUUCUUUAGGAUGAAGGUCCAAGAGCUCAGCAGCCCGCCUCGUGCCAGUACUGUCGUCAAAGACUGCGUAAAAGCUUGCCUUAGAUCAACAUAUCAAUUCCUAUUCGAAAACUGUUACGAGCUAUACAAUAGAGAGUUCCAGGUGGACCCGAAUGAAGCGAAACGCGAUCCAUCAGACCACGGGCCGCAGCUGGAUUCGGUGGACUUCUGGCACAAACUGAUAGCGCUCAUCGUAUCUGUGAUAGAAGAGGAUAGGAACAGCUACGCGCCCGUCCUCAACCAGUUCCCGCAGGAAUUGAAUAUUGGACAGUUAUCUGCUGCGACGAUGUGGUCAUUGUUCGCCGUGGACAUGAAGUACGCGCUAGAAGAACAUGAACAGCAUCGGCUCUGCAAGUCUUCCGCUUAUAUGAAUCUGCAUUUCAAGGUUAAAUGGCUACAUACAAAUUACGUGAAAGACGUUCCUCCAUACUGCGGCGCAGUUCCAGAGUACCCGGCGUGGUUUGAACCCUUCGUCAUGCAGUGGCUCAAUGAAAAUGAUGACGUGUCACUAGAAUACCUCAACGGUGCUUUCAACAGAGAUAAGAGAGACGGGUUCCAAAAAUCUAGCGAACACGCACUGUUCAGUAACUCAGUGGUUGAUGUGUUCACGCAACUGACGCAAUGCUUCGAUGUGGUGUCCAAACUCGAGUGUCCUGAUCCGGAGAUAUGGAAGCGAUAUAUGAAGAGAUUUGCGAAGACCAUCGUUAAAGUACUGGUUGCGUACGCGGAUAUCGUGAAAAAGGAGUUUCCUGAGCAUUUGAAGGAGGAAAGAGUGGCCUGCAUUCUAAUGAACAAUAUACAGCAGCUCCGAGUGCAGUUAGAGAAGAUGUUUGAAGCAAUGGGCGGCACGAAGCUCGAACGAGAUGCCGCCGAUAUUUUGAACGAUUUGCAAGCCAGCCUCAAUAGCACAUUGGACGAGCUCGCAUCUAUGUUUGCUAUCAGCCUAGAAACGAGGAUAACAGCCAGUGUGAAGGAGCUCGGGGAAUUACUUCAAAAGGUGGGAGGCGGCACGGCAGUUCCUGGCGCGCCGCAGCCGCCCGCGCAUCACGAGGCUGAUGAGGUGCUGAGGCCGCUGAUGGAUAUUUUGGAUGGCUCGCUAACAAUGUACGCGGAAUCUUGCGAGAAAACUGUGCUCAAGAGGCUUUUGAAAGAACUAUGGAAGAUUGUGAUGAAGAUACUCGAGAAAACUGUGGUGCUUCCCCCUAUGACUGAUAAGACGAUGAUGCUCAAGAAUCUCACGAACAAUGCGAAGAAUUUAGCGGCGAACGCGAAGAUCGAAGACAUGACGCAGCUUUUCAAGAGCACGGUCGGUAAACAGGAUGUCAAACAUGCUCUUUCCGGCGUCAUGGAUAUUUCGAAGGAGCAUUUAUCAGCAGAAAAGAGUCUCACGCCUAAGCAAUGCGCAGUAUUAGAUGCAGCACUAGAUACCAUCAAGUUGUACUUCCACGCGGGUGGCAACGGUUUGAAGAAGACCUUCCUGGAGAAAAGCCCAGAGCUACAGUCAUUGAGAUACGCGCUGAGUCUAUACACACAAACUACCGAUACGCUGAUCAGAACGUUUGUUACCAGUCAGCAAAAUCAGGAUGCAGCAGUAGCGGAAGAAGGCAGCGUGGGCGAAGUAUCGCUUCAAGUAGAUCUUUUCACACACCCUGGCACGGGAGAACACAAGAUCACAGUUAAAGUGGUUGCUGCAAAUGACCUGAAGUGGGUGAUCGCCAGCGGCAUGUUCCGUCCGUUCAUCGAAGUGAAUCUCAUUGGGCCGCACCUCGCCGACAAGAAAAGGAAAUUCGCCACCAAGUCCAAGAGCAACAACUGGAGCCCCAAGUUCAAUGAGACUUUCCAUUUUAUGGUGAGCGCAACGGAACAGUUAGAGUUGUUUGAACUGCACGUUUGUGUGCGGGACUACUGCUUCGCUCGGGAAGACAGAUUGGUCGGCGUGGCGGUCAUGAGACUGUCUGAUAUUGCUGAACAGGGCUCGUGCGCUUGCUGGCUACCUCUCGGCACUCGCGUCAAGAUGGAUGAAACUGGCUGGACAAUACUAAGAAUCCUCUCGCAGCGGCACAGCGAUGAAGUAGCGAGAGAGUUCGUCAAACUUAAAUCAGAAAUGAGAGCGGAAGCACCGACUGGUACCCAAGGACCGGCGUGAAAUCAAUAAGAAUUAACCGCGUGAUCGAAGUUCAGCAAGCCAAUCAUAUACGACUGGAAUGAGCCGGUUGUGAUAUAUUAAAUAGUACUAACGGAGCGACCACGGCAAUCGGUCCGCAACGGACAUUUCGGAGAGCAGGAGGUGAAUCGACGAUGUCUCUUAAGAUAUACCUUAAGGUCAAAUCAAGAUCGAAUCCAACAAGACACUCGGCGCUCCGGCGGUUACCGGUCAGUGCUCGUUCGUUCCUUUCGUUUACAUUCUCGACGAGAGAAAUCGUUUUGUAAAUAAAUUUACGGAGUUAAGUUACGCGGAUAGUAGAAAUAUUUUGCACAAAUUUGAAUCAUUAGCCAAAAAGACUGACCGUAGGCGGCCGGACGCUGCUACGUCCGCCGAUGUUUAGGGAUUCAGCAAAAUAAGGUCUCCUUUCGAAAUUUAAUGCGUCAAAGUCUUUUUGUUUCCGUUUUAUAUACCUAACCAUCGCAAAUAGCACAAAAUUUAAUUUAAGAAUACUUAUCAUCCAAGUUUAUUUCUUCCAUUAAAUUUUCUGAAAGAUUUGUUAAAUAAUAUUUCGUAGUCGUUGAAGCGCCAGACUCGUUUUCAGUCAUAGCUUCAUGGGUGUCGCCGUUUUGAUAUUUUGCUGGAUUCCUAAAGCUGUGUGUGGACAUAUUAUCGACACACGAUUUAUGUAUUAAUUCUACUUGUAUGGACCAAACUGUCGUUAUUACAGACGCAUUACCUAUUCCUUAACCCCUAAUAUUAAAUCAACAUUAUUUAUCUACUUAAUCAUCUUAUCGUUAUACGUGUACAGUAAAUAAAUAUAUGGCCUUAUGUAAAUUAUUUCCUUCGUUUGUUGGUAUGCAUGUGCUUCUUUCGAGGUGCAUGUAUUAAAGUUUUGCGUGUUGAGAUUCGAUGCGAGUUUUACGUUUCCCGUUAUUGCGUGUUAGUCAUGCUCGAAUUAAUGCACGUUUAGGAGAUGAAUGUUCUAAAAUUGGAUUAAGUACUAUGAGUAGUAUGAUUUGUUGUAAAAUGUAUGGUCUCGUCUUUUAUAUGAACUCCUUUACGCCCCGUUUUAAGUGAUCCGCAUUAUAUUAUGUGAUCCGAUUUGUAUAUAUACGUAUCAAAAAUUGUUAAAAUAAUACAUAUGUAUCACCUCUUUGUUCUUACUUUUUACGCUUGAUCUGUUUAACAUGUUACCUAAAGUCUCCUGUCUUUUGUAUAUUAUUGAAAAAUGUGAUAUUGUUAUAAAAUGAGAUACAUAAUUCAUAACUGUGGAUAUUUAUAUGGACUCUCUUUAUGAAAGUUCAUAUUGUGUGUUGACUGUUAACAUUCGCUUCUAAUUUGUUUGGUCCUUCGGGAUUUUGAUACUGUAUCCGUUCUUCAAUUUUCUAUAAUUAUUAUUAUUAUAAAUAAAAUGUUCGUCAAAUCCUUUAAAAGUAAUAAACCUAAUCUUAGACAUUCAGUGCUCAAAUAUUUUUCGUUAAGCGUUAGUAUCGUGUUUGUAAUGUACCUACUUGUUUGCGAUAAUGGUAUAUCAAUUUAUGAAAACUUAACCACUUCAAGCAAGGUCGAAAGUUCACGGUGUUGGAAAAGUCACACGAAUAUUUAAGAGGUUUGUUUUCGGUGCUACAUUGUUAUCAUUCGCGUAAGACAUGUCUGAGUACAAUAAUUAUGGUUAGUCUACAUUGCCAUACUUCACUAUCACUUUUUACACUAUUCCUCAGAAGUGUCUUUUAUACUAUUUGAAUAUUUCACACGUAGAUCUUUUUGAAACAUAUUACAAUUGUAAAAUUUAUGAUCUAUCUCCACUUAAUAAACAGUUCAUGACUUUACUUUAAGUUACUGUAUUUUGCAAUUUACGCCUUGAGUAUUUACAGUAGUAUGUCUAUGUGCGUGCGUGCCUGUGUGUGUGUGUGUGCGCGUGCAUGUGUGAGUGGGGGAGGGGGGAGGCGCGAGUCGUAUGAUGUCUUUACUUUGAUCAUUCACAUCUCUGAAUUACGUUACGUUAGGGCAUUUAUGGCCUACCUAGAGUUAGGGUUCGCAUGUGAUAAAGCCGUACCACGUACAUACCUCGUAUACGUACCUACUCGUUCAUAAAAUAAUGUAGCAUUGAAAAUGUAACCGAGAAGCACAUCACUUAAUACACAUGGGAGUUAGAUUUUCUGUAUAUUAGUAUUUAUCAUGGAUUACAUAUCUGUAGAUAGAAUGUGGUUUGCCUAGUCCAAAUCUCAGUAAUAUAUUAUAAAAAAAUAUAUUUACUCGUCUUACUAAAUCUAAAUUAAAAUCAUUUCUUGGGUGAUUUUCUUGUGAUUUUAAAUUGACUGAAUCGGUUUGUUUUUGAAAGUUGAUUAAUUUUUUAAAGCACACACAGAAAUAAUAUUACCUAAGUAAAUUAAUAAGGAAUAUAAAAGUUUAUUGUUUAACAGCGGUAACGUUUAAAGAUAUACCUACCUAUAACUUUCUCGUGUGCUUUAUUAGGAGUUGUUUAGAACAAUUGUUUUAGAAAAAUGUACCCAAUGAAUGGAUAGUUAUUGAUGUCAGAUAAAUAAUGUAUCCAAUAUUUAUAUUCUCCAGACUUAUAUUUCAGACUUAUAUCUUAUCGAUAUUUAGGUAAAGUGACAAAAUAUAUUAAUUUGAUAUUAUUUAAUUAUAAUAUUAUGUAUUACUUAACUAAAAUACGUAUAUGUUUUUACUCCCGUUUUAGGGUGUAAACUAUAGAUUUUUGCAGAUUGUAACUUUUACACAAUACAAAAAUUAUUUGCUGCGCAUUUGCAAACACUAUGCGCUCUGCCUUAUACUACUCUCGGUGUCUGGUUAAUAUUUCGUAUAAUAUAAAUCUGUAGGAUGUUAGAAAUUCUAUCUACGAAUAUAUUUAAAUAAGCCAGCUGCAACAUCACUGCAUAACAACCUCGACAUACACAAAUACAGAGGUAUUUAUUAUUAUUGAAUAUAACAAAUCUAAGUUAAAAAUAUUCCGAAACCAUAAUUUUUCUCUUUGUUUGUUGUACCUCUAAAAUCUAUCUUAAACCUUAUCUUAAGAAUGAAUUGAAUAUCUACGCCUUCGAGUUCAGCUGACUUUUUUCAAUAUAAAUCAUACAUUUACCUCAAUCAUUUAUUAUAAAUAUAAAAGUUCGUUAAAGUUGAUUUCAAACUACGGAAUAUAAUAUAGGUAAUAUAUAAAUAUCGC